AAUGGCUAACUAUGGCGAAACCCCACUCCAACGAUAGUUUGUUGAAGGAAAAACUUCAGGAAGAGUUCUUGUCUUGCAAGAUAUGUCUUGAGCCGCUGCGACGCCCCAAGGCCCUGCCAUGUCUCCAUUCCUUCUGUGAGCUCUGCCUCAAGACACGUACACGCUGUCGGUGCGAGACUGCGACGAGCUGCGAGGCUACCUGGUCAAGCACUACCAGAUCCUGACGCGCCGUCUGCCCGAGUCGGGCCGGGAGUGCUACUUCAUCACCCGCUCGCGGGUCUUCCAGACGCUGGCCGACCUGGUCAAGCACUACCAAGAUUCCGUGGACGGCCUGUGCUGCAAGCUGGCUUCCACGUGUGCCAAGCCGCGCUCGCUCAUCUGGGCCAUGGAGCGGGGCAAGGAGGACGAGUUCGUGACCACCCGCAGCACGCUCCACCUCACGCGACGGCUGGGCGGUGGACAGUUUGCCGAGGUCUGGCUGGACAAAGGGAGCAAAGAGGCGUUUGAGAGCGUGCAGGACGGCUACCGCAUGGAGAAGCCCGACUUCUGCCCUCAGGAAGUCUACGACGUGAUGCUCACCUGCUGGCAGUCCAACGCUCACUCCCGGCCCUCCUUCGACUUCCUCAACACAUUUCUGCACGACUUCGAGAGCUGACACGCUGACGCGAUGGACACGAGACAUUUCUGCAGGACUUCGAGAGCUGACACGCUGACGCGAUGGACACGAGACAUUUCUUCCUGUAUACUGCGCCGCACCCCCUACCAGAGGCCACCCGCCAGCCACCCACCUGCCCGCUCACCCUUCCGCCUUAUCAUCCUCUUUUCUUUCUCUCUCUCUCUCUCUCUCUCUUUCUCUCUCUCUCUCUCUCUCUCUCCUCCCUCUCCCCCUCUCUCUCUCCUCUCCCUCUACCCUUCUCUCUCUCUCUCUCUCUCCCUCCCUCCCUCCCACACUAAAGCGGCAGUUCUUGCCUCGGAAGUCGGCGACGUCUAGCAUAGUUGGGGGCGUGUUGGAAACUUUUGUACCAGGUGUCGUGGAGAGGCCCCGGCAUAUAGAGGUUGUUUUUGCUGGGUCGCAGGCAUAUGUGUGUGUGACCCUUGACCUUAGGGAAAGGCUGCAGCAGCAGUGUUUUGUUGAUGGUGCUGUGUGUGUGUUUGAGAGAGAGAGAGAGAGAGUUGGGUGUGUGAGUAAUGGGAUGAGUGUUGUGCGUUUGUGAGUGUGUGUUUGAGAGAGAGAGAGUUGGGUGUGUCUGUGUGCGUGUGCAGAGUUGUUUGCAUUUGUACUGGUAUGCUUUUUCUGAGGGCAUCAGUACGCACGCUGUAUGUAUGCACAUGCUUUUUUGAUAACUGAGUUCUGGUACUGGCUACGUUGGCAUGUUUGUGAUUGUAUGGAUGUGUGUGUUUGUUUAUUUGUGUGUGUGUGUGCAUCCUGCUGCAGCCAACGUCGCACUACAGAGAGAGAGCUGUGGUCAGCAUGGAAGGGAUGCUGGCGGUGGUGGUCAUUCAGUGGUCAGUUACCGCGACAAAACUGUCCCUGUCCCCCCCCCCCAAGUCCAUCAGCUGACCUCUUCGCAUCUACGUGAAAAAGAUCUGAGAAUCAAAAAACACAAGAAGACAAACUUUGGGUCACUGUGCGUAGGAGCGCCACACAGAAAUACGACGCAAUGUGGGAGGCUGACCUUGUUUGUGACCCGCUCCUCCCCGUGUGGGCCGCCUCCACGAUUGGCCGGCCAUACCAGGAUGGAUUAUAAUAUUCGAUUUUCGUCGCAGAAGUUUUGGUGGGUUUUUUUUUUCUUUUCGAUUUGGCGCCAGAGGCCGCGUUGACUUCGGAGGCGUCUGUUUCUCAGAAGAUUCGAACUGGGAUUUGUACCCAUAUCUCCUCUUCCUGGAGUGAACUCACAAGAAGACUGUGUGUGUGUGCGCGGGUGCACGCGCGUGUGGUGUACGGGAGCAGAAUUUUCUGCCCCACUCUGCGUAUCGCAGAAGCUGAACAUGACAAAAGGACGAAUUUUUGCAAUAUUGGAACUUGCAAAAAAGAAGGAAUACGUUUCUUUUUUUCUCUAUAUAUAAAUUAAAGAAUUACUUGUGUGUUGUUGAAGUUCAGCGAAUUCUUUGGGCAUGUCUGAACUCUGUACAUAUACAGCAAUGUCAAGGGCAUUUGUGAAUA